AUGUGUGAGCACAAUCUAGUUAGUUCUGGCUAUGUUCCUCCGCUCUUGAAUUUUCACUCCCCAGACUCCUUGUACCUCCAAAACUUGCGAGGCAAUGGAGCCCAUUUAUCUGGGCUUUCGCAGAUAUCCUACGGUAGAAGAGAGGUGUGCUCGCUCCCGUGGAGUUCUCCAAAUUCGUGCAGUAACCCGAGCCAGAGCCGCGCCUACAGUGGCUACUCUCAGCCGUUUUUCAGCAAUUCAUCCGCUGUGAGCGCUAGCCUCAACAGCCACAACAAGAGCUCGCUGGAGGAAUCCGGGAGGUACUACUUCCAAGAUGUCAGCCACAAAUCAGGGGAGCCGGUUCGAUCUAGUGCAGCCUUAGCAAGUGAGCAAGGAAUCUCUGGGUCUGCCAGCAAGUAUGAAGUUUCAGACUUGGAAAGGCUACAGCAGAGCGGGGUUGCACAUAACACGUUGAACAACAUUGACCAGGCACUUGCCGACGGGACAAAACAGUCUGUCAGCUCACGCGCUCCGGUCCAGUCAUCACUGACCAGCCAGAGCAUUAACGCAACCUUCUCCGAUGGACUGCCAUGGUGCCCUUCACAGGUGAGAUCCAGAAAAAAGAGAAAACCUUACACGAAGACACAGCUAGCCGAACUGGAGAACGAAUUUAUGCUAAAUGAAUUUAUAAACCGUCAGAGACGAAAGGAACUUUCGGACAGACUGGAACUGAGCGACCAGCAAGUGAAAAUCUGGUUUCAGAAUCGAAGGAUGAAGAAAAAAAGACUCGUGAUGCGCGAACAUUCCUUCACUAUGUACUAGGAAUAAGUGAACAAUUGUAGUGUUUGUUUGUUUAGUGAUGACAUCGUGCAUACAAGAAAAUUCAUUUGUGACCACCAAACGCCGGAAAAGUAUGAAUCCCCAGCUUAUGAAGUGUACAAUAAUAUAAGAUAAAUAUUUUGAGAUUUAUAUUUAUUUCCCAUAUAGUGCCGCUACGUGUUUUGUCGUGUUUGCUGGGUGUUUAUAGUGGAAUAACGAAAUGUCAGUGUUAUAUCAGCUUGCUUUACAGAGCCUAAAAUAUUAUCCGAAAGAAUAGUUAGUAGUUUAGCAAAGAAUCACAUUUCGAGUAUACACAUUUAUUAUAGUUAUAAUAAACAUGCGUUCUGCCAGCAUUUGAAAGUCUAAAAAUGCAGGUUAAAUUAUUACCAUUUCAGAAACGUUC